AUGACCACUCAGCAGAUGGAGUCUGCACAAACAGAAUUUGCCUCCCAAUGCAAGGCCACGAAUCUGGACUACGGACUCCCCGACUGGGACUCAGAUACCUCGGCUGAGUCCGAUAAUGAAACCGUCUCGAGCGUCAACGUGGUGGGACCCGACGAGGUGUCGCUGGCCAAGAUUCCCUACUGGUUGGACCAGACCCCGGGGCUCAAGGCGAAAGACAGGAAGCCCGUGCCUCCGCCGCCGGUGAAGUUCCCGGUGGAUGCCCCGGACAGUCCCGAGCUGCACCGCCGGAUGUCCUAUCUGUUUGGCACGAACGGUAUCAAGGCCACCGUGUCCGGCGAGAUGGCCGCCUCCUACGCUGGGGUGCCAAUCUACGUCCAGAAUUCCGAAUGGGCGAUCCCCGAGCAGAGCCUCGACCAGGCCGCGGAGAUCCUGCGGGCGGACGGGUUCCCGGUCUGCCCAGCCUGCCCGCGCAUGGCGGAGUGGAGUGCGACGCUGGGACACAGCGACAGCGUGGAGGAUGAGGAGGAGACGGGCGACCAAGACUCGGAAGGAAAGCGACGAGGCAUCCACCAGAAGAAGGCCCGGUGCGCCGUCCUGCGGCGCGACAAGCCGUCACACCGCGCCUACCCCCGGCCGGCGUAUCACUUCCACACCGACCACCGCUACCCCAAGUCCGCCUGGGACCCGGACCAGUCGCGUGGGGUCUUUCUGUAUCCCAUGAAGGCCGUGAUCCAUCCGGCCCUCCCAGACCCGCCCUGCGGUCCUGCCGAGCACGGGGACGAACCGGCCUUACUAUGGCCGCUAUCGCGGCAUACCCCGCGAAGCGCACCCGGGGCGUCGGUCUACCGAACCACCGCAUCUAGCCAUCUGCCCGCCGCGGGCAUCGGCCUGCUCAAUUUCCGGGGACGGCAGAAUCCCAAGCAUUACCCAGUCAACAUGCUGACACCCGCCAAAGCCGUGGAGAACCUCGUGCGGCUCAUCAUGCGGCACAAGGGCCAGUGGGUGAACCAUUAUUGGAUCCGGCUCUUCACCGCAUACAUGGUCUUCGCCUUCGAUGUGAACCACCUCGACCGCGACCAGGAUCUUUUGGGCCGCGUCAAACUGGAGAUGGAUGGCGUUGGCGAUUGGCUGGAGCUGCAGCUGGACGACAACGUCAACAUUGACCGGGCGUUCCACGCAGUUUGGCGAGCCAUCAAGAAUGGUCGCGAACCCGCCCUGUUCUACCGAUAUGGCACUUGUAACCAGCACGCUCACUAUCAGAUCUGGCAUCGACAGCAAUGCCGAAGGCCGUGGUAA